AUGACACCCCCGUCACCACCACCCCCGGCACCGCGAGGCACGCCGCGAGGGCGCGGUCGACCCUCGCCCCGGGGUCGAGGCCGGGGACGAGGCCGGGGACGUGGCGGGGUGCCACCCGGAGGGGGUGGCGGAGACGAUGGAAGUCCGCCCGGGGGCGGUGGCGGUGUUGGCGGCGGCGGGGGACGUCGUGGCCGUGGGCGUGGCCGCGGCACACCCCCUCGACGAGCACGGAUUAAUCAAGACGAAUUACGACGUCAGAUGGAUCUGUUGUCCGAAGAUGCUCGUCAACGGUCGGUGAGGCGGCGCAUUGCCGGCAUCACGCAUACCAAUACCGUCACCACGGUCUAC